GAUAGAUUUAGAGACAAAUAAGCUCCUCAUCUUUGUUAGACUUAAUUUCAUUUAGUCAAAUCUUUUAGGAUUGGAAGUUUUUCUCCAACAAAGCUCUAGUAAAUUACAAAUUUACAAACAAAAAUAUUACUUUUGAUUCCGAUAUUCAAAAACACUUGGAAGUUCAUUUUAGAUGCUUUAGAAUGACAAAGAUAAAGAUUGACAUUUUCAUAUAGCUCUAGCAUGCCUUUUUCAAGUAUGAGAUCAUUGAGAUGAUGAAAAGGGGUCUUCAGAAGAAAUUCUCAAAAGUAAUGUAAGGGCUUUGUAACUUCGCUUAGAAAAUCUCUCAUAUAUAUAUUGAAUAGAAGUUCUUAUGGAUGAUGCAUAAUCUUUAGCACAACUUGUUGGAGAGAUUGCAUAGAGACUUUUGUUUAUGGUCGAUGCGUAAGAAGUACUACUCUUGGGCGAUACAGUUAGUUAUAAAAUAUCACUGAUUGUCAGGUUGACUUUUCUAUACUCCCUCAACUACCCAAACCAAUUAUAUUAAUUCAACUAGGCUUAUAAAAUAUCACUGAUUGUCAGGUUAAAAUAUCAUUUACAUUAAUUUUUAUUCAAAAACAAUUAUAUUAAUUCAACUAAGCUUAUAAAACUUUGUUUCAAAAUCAUGGUUGAAACGUUUUCAUGAGGCACCACAAACAUCAAAUAUCUCAAACAGUCCAACUCGUCAUGGGUUUAGGAUUUUCUAAGGUUUUUGGAAUGUUUCCUUUCUACGUAAAAUAAAAGUUAAAAGUUUUGGUGUUUUUGCCUUUUCUAGGUUUAGUUUUGAUUGUAUAUAAAGGAGUCUCUUAUGAUCAAAAUAGGGUUACUACAGAACAUGGAGCAAAAGGAGCCGUACAAAAAAAGAAGAACACAAUUCAAAUCAUCAACCUCUUCCUCCUCCUUUCCUGUCGAUCUAACCACAGAGAUACUCUUAAGACUGCCCGAGAAAUCUGUUGCCAAGUUUAGCUGCGUGUCCAAGCUUUGGUCAUCAAUCAUCACCGAUCCAUAUUUCAUCAACUUAUUCCAAACGCAAAGCCUUCAAAUCUGUUUCCAAAAAGAUGACAACUUGUGUUUUUCCUCGAUUCCUCAGAACUCGAACAGGUCCUCCUACUCUUCUUCUAAUUCUCUGUCUUUCGAUCAGACAAAACUCCCAGAAAAUUGUAGUCACUGGUCAUCGACAGAAUCAGUGCAUCGCUUGAUCUGCUUUCAUAAAUCAGACAAGCUGAUAGCUUGGAACCCUAGCACGAGACAAUUCUUAAUGUUACCGAAUUUAUUACCGAGCUGGAACGAUUCAAAACUGUUUUUAGGAUAUGAUCCCAUCGAACGCAAACACAAAGUAAUGUGCAUUCCCCGUAACAGAACCUGCCACGGGUGCCAAGUUUUUACAUUGGGAUCAGAUAUAAUAUCAUGGUCGUGGAGAAGGGUCGGAACUAACCAGGCGCAUUCUCCUUCCGUGUCGAUGCACAGAAACACAAGUGGUCGAGACAACACUUUCUUUCGCGUUUUGAUGCCUGUGAUCUGA